GAUGCAUCUAUGUUAAAUGGUAAUAAUGAAACGAAUGCCCUACAGAUGUGUUUUGUGUACGUCACAAGUCGGAAAAAUUACGUCAUGUACAUCACCAGAAUGUGAUAGUAUUGUUCUCUGGUCUAUGUAUAGAAUGAUGUGUUUCUGGUCAGAACGUCUCUUGCCAGCAACAUGAAAUCAAGAAGAGGAAGAUUCAUGAGCACGCAGCUAGAAAGGAAACCUAAGCCAUUGAAAUGCUCUGUUUGCGGUUUUCAUCAAAGGAGGGCAGCUGAAGGAUCUUACCGGGGGUCUUGGAGAAGAAAAACCUGAAGCAGAAAAGUCAGAAGCUGCGACCAAAGGAAUGACACAAGAAGAGUUCGAGCAGUAUCAGGAACAGUUGGCGGAAGAGAAGAUGGAGCGCGAUUCCAGCUUUGCCCAGAAAAAAGCUGAGCGGGCCACAGUCAGGAGCCACUUCAGGGACAAAUAUCGUCUUCCAAAAAGUGAGCUGGAUGACACACAGAUUCAGGCAGCGGGCGAUGAUGUGGAGUUGCCCACUGAGCUGGCCAAAAUGAUCGCAGAGGACAACCAGGAGGAGGAGAAUAAGCAGUCUGUACUGGGUCAGCUGACCAACAUUCAGAAUGUUGAUUUUGAUCAGCUAAAAGAAAAGGCCCAGAGCACCAUUGAAGACCUGAAACAGUCUGCUGAAAGGUGUGAGCUUAUGUAA